AUGGCCCUGAAAGAGGAGCACCCGUCUGUUGAUCUCAAAACUAACUAUGCUGAUGUGGUUGUGAAAGUUGAAAAAGUAACUUUUGGCGAGAAAACACGAAACAAAAUGCACAACACCAAACUGAAAAGGAAACAAAAUGGUAAAAUCUCCCAAGCAGCGUGUGCAUUGUUGAACUCCGGAGGCGGCUUGGUAGAGGCGGAGAUUGAGAACGAAUGCUACAGUUACACAAAGGAUGGGCUUGGGCAGGAUAUAGGACAAUCCCUUAUGGAACUCAUUUCAUCUAAAAAGUUUGAAAACUAUUUUGAAUGUAUGCAGCAGAACAACAAGUUAUUCAUUUUUGUGAAGUCUUGGAGCAGUGAAGUUUUGCCUUCACCACGGAUUUGCAGCAUAAGAACAGGCUUGUACCAAAGAUCUGGCACUUCUGCUGAGAGAACGAAUUCUGGCGUGGCUGCAGAAUUUCUUGAAAUGAAGAAAGCUUGUGACAGGAGAGAAUCUGAUGAGACAAAGCAAAGAGCUGAGACAUCUGUUCUUCCUGAACACUGGUCAAUACAUGAUUCUGCUGAAGAUAUUUUUAAUGCAGACCACCUCACCUAUGGUGAGAAACAGAAUUUCACUGAGUCGACCCAUGUGGAAUUUAAAGAGUUCUCUUCAAAGAACAUCUUGAAACACAUUGAAGACAACUUGCCACAUUAUAUCUCUGCUUUUGCAAACACACAAGGGGGAUAUUUGUUUAUUGGAGUGGAUGACAGUAGGAAAGUGGUUGGAUGUAGCAAAGAAAAUGUUAAAACCAAUUAAUUAUGCAGAGUAAUAGAAUAUGUCAGCAAGAAGUUGCCUAUCUCACAUAUCUGUAAUUCUCAGGCAAAACUGAAUGUUGCCCAUAAAAUCCUGCAUGUGCGGGAUAAUGAUGGGAACUUGCGUGGCUAUCUAUGUGCUGUGAAAAUCAAACCCUUUUGUUGCGCUGUGUUUUCGGAUAACCCUGACUCAUGGAUUGUGAAGAGUGACCGCAUUGAGAGACUGAUGACCGAAGACUGGACAGCUAUGAUGGUGGCAACCGAUCCAGAGAUUUCAAAUCCAGUUAAUGUCUUGAAGACUGAGCUGAGUGUAUCAUGUGGAUCUCCACUCACUAAAACGGUGUAUUCCAACCCAGGCAUCACAUGUCUUCGUGAUCUGCAAAAAUCUCUAUUUUCAGUAAUUUCUAAUGGGAUAACAUACACACCAGAAAACCUCACCAAAGAGCUGUUCUCAAAGUAUCCAGGGCUGGAGAAUUUAAUGAACGAGCAAAUGGAAGAGCUGCAGGCAUCUCAGGGACUACUGAUAUUUUCAAGGAGCUGGGCUGUAGAUAUCGGAUUGCCAGAGAAUCAGCAAGUUGUCUGUGAUGCUCUCUUAAUAGCCGCAGGCAAACACCCAAUGCUGUACACUGUGACUCAGAAGGACUGUUCUGUGAAUAUGUUUGAAUAUGCAAGACAAACUGCUCGUGCAUUGAAACAGAAACUGGUAAAUGUUGGGGGAUACACUCAGAGAGUGUGUGUGAUUCCCCAUCUCCUACAGCUUGGAACCAAUGAAGAAGGAAAUACAGAGUUGGAUUUGCAAGUUAAGUACCCUGGUAGCUACAAUGUAUCCCACAAGGACAUGCCAAAAUUACUGGACUCACUUGUGAUAAUCUUACUGGGUUUUAGGUCCUUUUUAAGUGACAGCCUUGGGUGUGAGUUUUUCAAUCUCCUCACUGUUAAACAAUAUGAGUUACUAAGAACAGAUUUCCAUAAGAUCAAGAAGCAAUUUAUUUAUGGCCUGCCAGGAAAUGGGAAAACGACAGUGGCCCUGAAAAUCAUAGAGAAGAUAAAAAACGUGUCUCAUUGCAAGUCUGAAGAUAUUCUCUACCUAUGUGAGAACCAGCCACUGAGUGAAUUUGUGAGCCUGAGAACAAGUCACACAUUUCCAUGCGGUCUUCCACAUCCAUCAGAACAAUGUCCUCAGGAGUGGCUCACCAAAAGGGUCCGGAAUGCCACCCAGAUAUACGACAUCAUGGCACAAGAGAUGGAGAAGAUUGUAAGAAAUCAACAAAUAGAUAUUCCUCAUCAGCGGUUAAGAAUGUUGUUGGAUGAAGCUGAAUGUGCCCAUCCCCUGCCAGGUGUUUCUAAGGUAGAAAGAAACUUGGAAGAGGAUGAAAUAGUAACAUAUGUGGUUGAAAACUGUCUCCAAUAUUUCCAAAAUGGUUACUCUGGGAAAGACAUUGCUAUCCUGUGCAGCACAGUGAAAGAGAAGGAUAAAUAUCGUCACGUGCUACAGCCCAAAAUGGAAAAUGAGAUGAAGAAUUUCAAGCUGGAUGCAGAUUUCACAAUGGCAGAUGAUGUGCUGGGACAUGGCAUUGUUCUUGACAGCAUCCAUCGCUUUUCUGGCCUGGAAAGGAGCAUCGUAUUCAGUAUCAAACCAGUCCCUACACAGGAGGAGAUUUCGAACAAUCUUUUACUCUGUGUGGUAUCCAGAGCUAAUUUACAACUUCAUUUGUUGUAUGGAAGAGUGCAAAGUACGAAAAAGCUGACGGUGGUGCACUCACAAACUGAUUGA